CGUCACGUGACCCCGCAGCAACCAGUUCCGCUUGCAUUUCGGCGUAGCUCGGCUCCGAUGUCGACUUGCUUCUUAUCUGGAAGACAUGGACUUUGGCGAUGCCCGAAUUUGACCAUCCAGAGAUCGGAUCAACGGAGUCUGUGAAUGGCGCCAAAACAGGAGCCGAAACCUAAAUUUCAAGAAGGUGAAAGAGUCCUGUGCUUUCAUGGGCCGUUGCUGUAUGAGGCAAAGUGUGUCAAGAUCAGCAUAAAGGAAAAGCAGAUUAAAUACUUCAUUCAUUACAGCGGAUGGAACAAAAACUGGGAUGAAUGGGUUCCUGAAAGCAGAGUUCUCAAAUAUGUGGACAGCAACCUUGCAAAACAAAAAGAGCUUCAAAAGGCCAAUCAGGACCAUUAUGUUGAGGGAAAGAUGAGAGGUUUGGCACCAAGCAAGAAGAUUGCUGCUGUGCAGCAGAAAAAUGUUGAUCUGAAAGUGAAAAAGGCAAAGCAGAAGACCCCAGGACCAGGCGAAGGUACUAGCAGUGGAGAAAUGCCGCAGGGACCACGGAAGAAGCGUGCACGUGUGGAUCCAACUGUGGAGAGCGAAGAGAUGUUCACCAACCGUUUGGAGGUGAAGGUGAAGAUCCCCGAGGAGCUGAAACCCUGGCUUGUGGACGACUGGGACCUCAUCACGCGUCAGAAACAGUUGUUUCGCCUGCCCGCUAAGAAGAAUAUCGAGGGCGUCUUGGAGGACUAUGCCAACUACAAGAAGUCCAAAGGAAACUCUGACAAUAAGGAAUACGCCAUCAAUGAAGUGGUGGCUGGCAUUCGAGAGUACUUCAAUGUCAUGCUGGGCACCCAGCUCCUCUACAAGUUCGAGAGGCCGCAGUACGCUGAGAUGUUAGCCGAGCACCCGGACAUGAUGAUGUCCCAGGUGUACGGGGCGCCACAUCUGCUACGCCUUUUUGUUCGAAUCGGAGCCAUGCUGGCUUACACGCCGCUGGAUGAGAAAAGUCUGGCUCUGCUGCUGGGUUAUCUCCAGGACUUCCUCAAGUAUCUGGUGAAGAACUUGUCCACGCUCUUCAAUGCCAGCGACUACGAGGUGGCACCCCCGGAGUACCACCGCAAGGCCGUGUGAGCGCCCCCGGUGGACACGCCCCCCACCUGCGUCAUCACCGUGGCCGCCCGAGCGCACGCUUGGAUGACAUUUUCUUCUCAGCGAGCCUCCCGAGAGGUCAUCACAGCCAAGAGACUAAAAUGAGAGGUGAAGUGAAAAGCAACUUAAGGAAAAAAAGGAGAUGCUGUCUGCCACGCCUCCUUUUGGUGUGCGUAUGUUGUUGCAUGUGUUAUUUAUAUUUAUUUAUUGGUCAUCACUGCCACACCAGGAGCACACGUCUUCUUUUUACAACCUGCGUCUUGUGUUUUUGUACAAAACAAAACAUUUCCACAGAA